UGAAGCAACACCCAUAGCGAUGGUUGCAGGAGGAUCUUCGUCUCCCGACGCCACGAGCACAGAGGGUAGCAACUCGCCCAUUUCCGCGUUAAAUGUGCGCACUACUUGCAUCACUACCGCCCCCAAGAAGAAGCGCGUGCGGCGAGAGCAGGUGGAGCUCAAAACCCUUCGCGAACUCGCGGGAAAGCUGGAACACCGCCUGGAGCAACUAAAAAAGCGCCGAUUUACCAGUACGCCUACUACAAACCACAUCAUCAAUGGAAACGCCGGUAAUAGCAACAGCCAACAUGUAAAGUUCGGCCCCAUAUCUGUAUGGGAAGCCAUAGCUGACCGCCAAUUUAAAGAACGAGCGCGCGUUGAGAAGGAGAAUGAAAAACUCAAAGCGGUACUACGUACUCAGACGAACACUUCCCAAGUACUGCAGACCAGAGCCCAGAAGGCCCUAGGAGAUAAGGAACUGAUCGGACUCACGAUGAUGCAAUUGCAGGACAAAGGUCCUCGUUACUGGGACUUGGAUUCGGGGGAUGAGGAAGGAAUUUUUGCCGACUUGCUGGCGCUCGUCGUGAGGACACGUCUAAAGCUGCAGCAGCGCCAAGUGGAGGACCCUAGAACUGUGCUAUCCUUCGCUACUUGGAGCAUCUCAGUGGGAGAGCCGCAUGUGAGGAGGGACAGUGAAUCAGGCCUUGUUCUGGAGACGCAUGGAUGCUCUUUACUUCCUUUUAACGUGAAGACCGCAGCCGCAGCAUGCUGGAGGAUGUUCUCGCUGUCUCCAGUGAACCACAAAGUGGUUGUCAAGGACACUGGGGAGAGUGAUGUUGCGGCACGAUCGUUCACGUGCUCUUCCGUGUACCUUGGCCAGCAGGUCGACGUCCGCGGCAAGCACACGUGCCAAACAGUUCCGCGCUUUCGAAAUGGCAGCAUGGGCCAAGAAAAACUUGCGCGGGAGGCCAUUGAAUGGGCUACGAGGUCUCAUCUCAUGGUAAAUGACUGGUAUCGUCAAAAGUUGAGUGAAACUCUAGUGGAGGAAGAUUGGAAGGCAUUCCGUGGGAGCGACGGCAAGUCUACUUGUUAA